GGAGCGCGCGCUCGUAUGUAAAUGAGCGGGCGUGAGGUCAGAGGCAGAUGGAAAAGGGAACAGAAGGAAUGGCCGCCGCGGCUCCCGCUCCUCCUGCCGCCGCCUCCCAGUGCCGGAGCCCCCGCUGCACGGCGGAGCGCAGGGGAGUCCGCCGAGAACUCGACUCCUGGCGGCACCGGCUCAUGCACUGUGUGGGUUUUGAAAGUAUUUUAGAAGGGCUUUAUGGACCAAGGCUACGAAGAGACCUCAGUUUAUUUGAAGACUGUGAGCCAGAAGAGCUAACUGACUGGUCUAUGGAUGAGAAAUGUUCCUUUUGUAAUUUACACAAAGAAACAGCCAGUGAUCGUGCAUCAGUUUUCGGUUCUUCACAGUCAACGCCUACAGAGGAACUGUCAUCUCAGGGCCAGUCCAACACUGAUAAGAUUGAAUGCCAAGCAGAAAACUAUCUAAAUGCACUCUUUCGAAAGAAAGAUCUUCCUCAGAACUGUGAUCCUAACAUUCCCCUAGUUGCUCAGGAAUUAAUGAAAAAAAUGAUCCGUCAGUUUGCGAUUGAGUACAUUUCAAAAAGUAGCAAAAUUCAAGAGAACAGAAAUGGUUCAUCAUUUGAGCCAAGUCUGAUGUGUAAAAGUAUCCAAAUGAACCAAACGGAAAACUCCCUUCAGGAAGAACAGGAUAGCCCUCUAGACCUCACUGUGAAUCGAACUCAAGAACAGAAUACUCAGCAAGGGGAUGGAGUGCUAGAUCUCUCUACAAAGAAAAGCGCAAGGUUGGAAGAACCAAAAUAUGAUCCAUUGUGUUCUGAAAACUCAGUGUCUGGUUCAAGCUCAACAGCUGAUGCAAAUUCAGAGGAAACAGCUAAUUUGGAAAAAGGAAAAUCAACCUUAAACAAAGUUUUGGAGUCUUUUUGUUCAUAUCACUGGCAACAGACUUUGGCUAUGUUAAAAUUCCUAAUACAGGAUGAAAAUGUUCCUAUAGUUUGCAGUUGCAAGCAAACACAUUUGGUCCACUCUGAAACUCCCACUUCCCCUACUGAAGAGGAUGUUCACAUUCCAUUUUGCAGUUGCAAUGGACACAUGCUGACAAAAAGGUGCUGUUCACAAAAUCAAAGGCCAAAUACUUGUUUACCACCUCUGUCUGUUUGUAUUAAAGAUUUCCAUUCUUUGUCAUGCCAAGCUGUAGCAAUUGGAUGUAUUAAGACAAUGGUGAACAAAGCAUGUAGUUCUCCUAAGUAUUGUGCUGACCAAUUGCAAAAUUAUAGCAGGCAUUCUGUGAAAGCAGCAGCAUGUACAUAUUCAUCUAAGGACUGUGACCUCUUAAGCAGCAUUAAAAAUUCAAACAGAUCCCGCAGCCCUUCGCCACCUCCACUGUCACCUGUACACAGUAAAGAAUUUGAAUUGUCAGAAGGAAUGGUUAUGGAUUUUCCAACUUUAGACAACAACAAGCUUGAAAUAUCCAUCAACCAGCCUCCAUCCCUCUUGCCAGCUGAAGGAAGCGAGGGAGAAUUUGAGUAUGAGGGUAAAACGUGCAAAGGAAAAGAGAUUGAUUAUUCAGAUGGAGCACUGGUAUCAGCAGACCAAGAAAGCAGUGAUGGUCAUAUGAACUCUGAGAAAGGUGAACAUUCUGCCAUUUUUCAAGAUUUAAUGGACCGCAUUAAUGAGAAAUUGAAAUCAAUAGACACUACAGAUUUAGCAACAAAUCUUGUAAAACUUUCAAGCAGUGACAGGGCACCAGAAAAUGAUGUCAAAUUAGGAGACUUCAUAUCUUCUCUUUUGCAUAAUGCUAAGGCAAGUGAUUACAGCUUUAUGGAAUUACUUCACCAACAUGAUAAACAAGUGGAAAAUAAAAUUAUCCAGACAAGAUUUCGCAAGCGUCAGGAAACUUUAUUUGCAACAUAUAAUUCUCCUGAUUCACCAGUCAUUCGACGACAGUCUUUGCAAAUCAAGAGGGAGCUUGCAAGCCUUGAUGAAACUCUUGUAAGAAAAAAGUCAAUUUCUGAGAGAAAUACAAAGAAAUCUACAAAAAAAAUUGAUAAAAUGCAUCCAAAUAAAAGACAUAGUUUUACUGUGAUAGAGGAUGAGACUUUGCAACAUCUUGAAAGUAAUCCAUUUGUGAAUUGCCAAACCAAACCAGUGUGCUUUCCAGUACACCAAACAGAGUCCUUCAAACUACCUCUUACUAAUUUUCAGACCAGCUCCAGCUUUUUGGUUCUUUCAGAAAACAGUGCUAUUGCAGCCAGCCAGGCAAAACUCCUAAAUACACAAGGCGACUGUGCAACAUUAAAACAGACUGGUCAGAUUCCUCUGAAGGAUGAGAGUAAUGAAAUCUUGGGUAGAACUAAACGUAACAUUGUGCCUCCUGGGUGGUACUCUGUGUAUGUAACAAACAAUAUCAUGUUUAGAAAGUCAUCCAGUACAAAAAAGUCUUUAAAAAGUUUGGAAAAAAUAAAAAUAAAUAAAAAUGUUCAUGCUGAAAGAUGCAGUGACAUAAAUAUAAGCAAAAUUGUGAGAGACACAAAUCUGCAAGUUGUUGUGGAACGUUUAGAAGAUACAAUAAACUUAGCCAGAAAGACUAGCAACUCAUUGUUGGAUAGUUACAAAAUAAGCCAAAAAUUAAAAGAUAAUGCUUAUGAACAGGUUAUGAACCCAGCUACUAGAAGGGGCUUACCUUUCACUCUGAGUGAAAUGGAAUGCACAGGACAAAGCCUCCUUCCACAUUCACAUGUGCCAAGCAGCAGUAAAAUCAAAGCAAUUUGUGUUGCAUCAAACACAGAAGAAACUGUUAUAGAUCAAGAAAUUAAUGAUGGCCUUUUGAAAUCUCUGACCUUUAAUUCAAGCUGUUCAACUUCCAGGAAUGGGGACUUGCAUGUAACAUCUGAAGCCGGGGAGCUCUCAUCUCCCUUAAAUUACUCUAGUCCUAUUAAGCUUAUGUUUGUCUCAGAAGUUAACAGUCAUGAAGGAGUCAAGUACACUUUGACAUCUGCAGCUGCAUCUUCUAAGGGAAGCACAGAUCUCUGUUUGUUUCAGGGGCACACAAAAACUUUGUUAGAUAAACAGGCAACAGGUGACCUUUCUCAUGCAGUCUGUGUCAAGGGUUGUGAUUGCAGCGAAAAUGAUACUAAAGAGGGGUCAAGCUGUGUUUAUGCAGAAGCAGUUACAAGCUCUUGUCCCGUUGGUCAAAUUAACAUAAAUGACUCAAAAAAAAAUGAUGACAUUUUGGAGAAAUCGAACAGUAGCAGUGAAUCAGUUUUCAAAAGAAAACCUGGUAGACCAAAGAAAAUAGGUCCUCAAGUAGUUAAGCAGGUUAAGAGACCUAUUGGACGGCCUCCUAAACCAAAAGUAGACAUGAGUGGAAGCACAAAACCUAGACCUGAACUUAGCUGUGGUGCUAAAAGCAUCAAGUCUGAUGCAGCAGCAAUGGAAGAAGUUAACAGCAACAAAAAUAUUACUGUGACGGUUGUUUUUGGAAGGUCAAGAAGAACUAAGAGACAUGUUUCUGAAGGUAAUCUAAACCUCAUCAGCAUUCUGCCCACACAACAUAUUGAUUCUAAUUUUGCCAAUGAUCCCAGCAAAGCAAGGCACAAUGCAGAAACUGGAAAUGCUUUGACUGAAAUGGUAAAGGUCUUUCAGAAUCCUUCUACUGAAAAGGAGGUCUCUGGUUAUGACUAUGUCAGGCCUAUCAAGAGUAAUCUGGCAUCACCACAUCCUUGCAGCAAUGUUAUACGGCAGAUUAAGAAACCAUUAACCACUGUUCGAAAACCUGGAAGGCCAGCAAAAGUAAAAAUUUCUGGCAUAUCAGUGACUGUCAGUAGACUUUCACCUCAGGAAAGAAAAGUGAGCAUCAGCAAUGGCUUGCCUCCUUUACAACAGCAGAAUGUGUUAAAAAACAUACCACAGGAAAGAAAAAAUCAACUGUGCAAUAAUAUGGGUCAAGUAAAGAACAUGCAGAAAGAUUCUAGAGAGGAUGGAUCACACAAUGUUACUACAACAGUGUCGAGAAAACGUGAAAUUCCAUCGAGACACUCUGCUAGAGACAGAAAACCUUCACUGCAUUUUUUGCAUUCAUUAGCCUCUUCUAGUGCAUUUACUUGUAGAAGUGCCUUACUACAUAAGUCCUACAAACUCCAUUUGAAAAAAGCUAAAGAGCGAAAGGAAAAACUUGCGCAAUCAAAUCAGAGUUCAGCAUCCAAAGAUACCUCAGAACUGAGAAAUUCAGGAAAUGCUAAAAAGGAUCUUAAGGAUGGUGAAUUCGGGCCCAUUAAUGAAGUAUCAUCAGAUCCCAUUUUUUCAUCAAAUCCCUCUCUCAGGUGGUGGCCUACUUCCACUUCAAGUGACACCUUGUUGGAAGAACUAAACAAUAGAUUUGAACAGAUGACCAAUACCUGGUUGAGAGUGGGGGGAAGUGAGUUUGACAAAUGUGUAUGUGAAAAAAGGGAUCCCAUUCAAAAAGAGUGUAAUACUGAAAUGUCAGACCCUUUAGACUCCUGCCUUGUAGAACUUGAAACAUCACCCAUAAAAAUGCUUUUCCAGAAAAAGUGUAAUAUGAAUGAACUCUGCACCUGGUUUAUGCAAACUACAGAAACACAGUCUCUCUCUCUUGUGAGAAAGGCAAAUGCUCGCAAUCCCUUAGAAGUAGUUAAUACUAGAGAGAUAAAGAUGGAAACUAAACAAUCUGAUCCUAGUACUUGCCCUUUCAGAAAGCACUUUAAAAAGUUUGCACUAUCCUCCCCUUCAAAACCAGCAGGGAAAUUGCAAAUAUUGCAUAACAUGGUGAGGUCUCCAGUCUUAAGCGUGAAAAGUAAUUUUACUUUAGCCAGAUUAAAAAGAAAUGAAUUUAAGAAGUUGCAGCAUGAUAGGUGGGGACAAACAAAAAAGCUCUAUAAUCAGACUCCUGGAGGUUGGAAAUCAAAAAGGAAAAAUCUGCAGUUAUUUUGUCAAAGCCAGUUGUUUAAAAGUACAAGUGGGGACACCAAUGAUGAAACACCCAAGCUCCAGGAGAAAAAUACAGUAGAAAUCCAGCCCACUCAGACUUUGAUAGAGUCUCAGAAUAGCCUCUUGCCAACUGAAAAUGAAGCCAGAGAUGCAUUUGUUCAACAGAUGAUGGGAUCUUCUGACUUUAACCCACAUCCUGGUUUAGCAAAUAUACUUAAGUCACAUUCAGAGGCAAAUGGAACAAUUCGUUGCCAGCAAAAUGUUAGAAAAGAACAAAGCCAAGAUAAACUGUUUCAAAAUACUUGGAAAGCCAAAACCUUUAAAGACUGUAGGAUAUUUCUGAAAAAAAUCAACCAUAUUGAGCAGCACAAUUCAUUUAAGUUAAAUAAUGUCAUUUAUUCUCCUGAUGCUGUUGACAGUAAAAGCACUCAGGCCUAUAUGGAAGAAAAAAGACAUCCUCUUCUAAGGUCCCAUUCUACUAAACAAAAUACAUUAAAGAAACAAGAAAAUGAAGUGGAAACAUCUAAAGGAUCUAGUUCUUGUAAAGUGACUGAAAAGCUGGAUGGCCAGUUUCACAGCAGAAAAUUAAGUAGUGAUGUAAACCAGGACAAUAAUCCUGCUGGUAGUUCUGAAGGUCUUACUAGAAUAAACAAAAGAAAAAGUCCACAAUGGGAGACCACUGAUACAAAUUUAAGAAAAAGGCAUAAGAGACAAUCAUGCAGUAGUGGACAAAUGGCACCUUAUUACCCAAAGUACCAAGUAGCCUUUUUCUCUCCAGUGUUUCCUGUGGUCAACAUGGAAAAGAAAGGCUCUAAAAUGUCCUUGAAUCUUGAAUGUCACUGAGAAUGCUGUGUUUCUGAAAGCUGUUGACAACCUUCAGGUUCUAAUUACGACAGAUUUUUUUACAGUGAUCAACAACUAAUUAGAUGGAUGUGUUUGAAAGGUAAUUGCUGUAUAGGAAAAGCCUAAUAUUUUAAGAGCAGCAUUUUGGCAAUAUUGCCAUGCACACCCCACAACAGUGACACAGCUUGGCGGAUUUGCCCUUGGUGGCAACCAGGGCAGUGUCGUGCUUCCUGUGCUCAGUGUCAUGUCAAACAUCAUGAUGGUUUUGGCUGUGUGAUCUGGAUAAAGAAAGUUUAUCAUUAGCCGUGUUUACUUCAUAGUUAUUUCAAGAUUUUAUCAGACAUCUUGAAAGAAAUCAGAGGAAAACGUUUGGAAAUCAGAAUUAUGGGUUUUACCAAAUACAAUUAUAUAGAGAUAUGUGAUUUAUAGACCUGUACCUGAAUAUAUUUGUGUAGGGAUAUGUGCUACCUGUGAACCUUUCUAAGGUAUGAUUUUAAGAAAAAAUCACUUCUUUGACAAACUGCAAGUAGAACCUCGAUUGAGAUGCCAAUUGGGAAGUUAUUUGGAAUUUUUUACUUUGUUGCUCACAAGGAGUUUUUUAAUAAUGCUUUAUAAAAAACUAGAAAAGUGAAUCUUAAUCUGCUAGUCAAAUAAAAGAUUGAAAUUAUUGUAACUGAGUAAUAACUAAUAUGUUCUCCACAAUCCUAACCAGGUUAGGACUCAAUGUUUUGGUUGGUUGCAGUGUCACUUGAUAAAAUAAUGCUGGUCUUGAGAUAAAUCUCUCUCUAUCAUCUCCUUUCAAUUCAUGAGGUAUCAUCUUGAAACCCAUCUAUGAAAACCACAGUUUUCAUAUCUCCUCCAUCUGCUAUUUCUUUUUUCCCAUAGUUGGAUUGCCAGCUCUCAGCAGACUGGUUUAUUUUCUCAUCUAAAUGUUCACUUUAUAUUUCAUUCUCAGUGUGAUUUUUCAUGAACUUUUUUUGUUAAUUACUUAAUAAAUCAGAUUAUCUAUGUUUUCCCUGCAGUUUUGUACCUUUUUUUAAAAAGGUGUGCACACUUUUUCACGGGGGGUGAUGAUCCCAGUUGGGAUGUCAAGUCAUUGCACAUCAUCUCUGCUCCUGUAGUGAAAAUUGUACCUUUGCCAUUGGCUGUCUCUUCCUCUGUUGGCUGUCCUGCUGCUUUUUGCAUUUCAAUACACUUAUUUGUAAUGUUGCAGCAGUACAGCACUGACGCGUGCUUCAUCUGUGUGCCAUGAGAGCUGCCUGUGCCUUUGUCCCAGAAAUGCCUGUCCUGCACUGGUGCAGCUCUGGAGUCCUGCUGAGCUGUGGUUCAUUUCACAACAUUGGUGUUACCCAUUUUGUUUAUUCCACAGCCACAGCUCAGACCAGCCAGGCCAUUACACUGGAUAUUCCACAUUUCUCUGCAUCCUGCCUUCAUACUUUGCUCGCCUUUAGUACCAAACUGUAACUGAUUCUCAGAUCAUGCAUCAGCUUUCCUUUUAUCCCAAGCUGUGUGUUUGUGAGUGCCAAAGGAUAUUCUGCAGAAGAACAAGUGCAGCCCAGUUUUAUUUCUGUUUUGAUAUUUUACUGCAUGUUUCUCACUGUGUACUUUGGCUGGUCCAUUCUGUCUGGUCCAUACACCUGCCAGGAGAUUUUUAAUACCAUGAGCAAAAUGUCAGUCAGCUUGUGUCACAGAUGUCUUCAAAUCCAGGUAGGGAAAAUCUUUUAGAAAAAGCCAUAACAGAUUUUUAAUCCUUUUUUUUUUUUUUGUAUUGAAGACACAUAAAUUUAAUUUUUUUUCCUACAGUGUAAGGAUGUGUCUUUUCCAAGGUCAAGAUAUUUAAACAGAUUGCAUCUUCCUAUCUCUAUGAUUUUGGGUCAACAGCUCUGGAUGUUUUACAACCCUGAACAAGUUACAGUUCCUGCUGCCACAUUCAUGGCAAAUUGCACAUUCUGUUCUUGUGGGACAGGUCAAGCAAUUUUUGUUUCUUUGCAUUUUUUCAUAACUGAAAGGGGACCAUUUUCUGAUGCUGAUUCCUCAUGUUCCAGACAUCAGUAAAGGCUGUUUAGAUUAUUCUUCAAUUUCUUUGGAGUAUAAAUAAUGGUAUCUCUUGCUGUGUCAAGGGGAUGUAAACCUUUAGUGAGAAACUUCAUGAUUUGUGGAGGCAAUGUGCCCUUUUCUGUAUUCUUUUCUUUGGUUUCAUCAGUCUGACUAGAUUUUACUAUUUGAUCUGUCUUUUCAACAGCAGAAACUCACCUGACUUAUGUCUGCUUUCACCUUUAUUGGUUCCUUACUGCAAAUUAACUUUAGGCAGGAGUUUCACACUUUCUUUCACAGGGAGCUGUGCCACUCCCCUGCUCUCCAUCCUCCACUUACUGCCACAUGCUCCUGUCUGUCUCCGCUUCUGGGCAUCCAUAAGAGGAAUCUGCUUCUGUCUUUUCUCAUGGCUUAUCUGUAAGUAGGGCAGAUAACUUGACUGCAGCUCUUUCUUCAGUGAAGAUCAACUUUAAACCUGCUUUUCUUACUUCAUGCAUACCAGUAGAAAUGGCCUUAAAAUUAAUUUAGGAGGUAAAAUACUUUUAAAAGUGUAAGUCUGAAUUUCUGCUUGGUUUGGGAUGUUUUAUAUCAGUUGUCAAGCAAUCAGUGAGUAAUGUGACUACAAUCAAGUCUUUCCAAGCAGAUCUUAUGUAGGUAUUCUUAUUCUUUUUUUCAUUUUUAGCUCAGGAUAGGGUAUUUCUAAAUUACGAUUCUGCUAGGAAUUAGAAUAAUGAGGCUUUCACGUUUCUUAUUAAAAUACAUGCAUACAUGAAAAUUAAGGUGUUCAGGGAAGUCAUUCUUUUCAGAUGGAUCUUGUCACAAGUUCCUGUUACCUAAGGAGUGGAUUUCACAAAUACUCAGAGAUUAUACUUGAUAUUUUACUGACACAGGCCUGCCCUCAAAGCUGUCUUAUUUCAAACUAUUGAAAUCUUGGUCCAAACAAUAGAUUAUUUCCCUGUACAUGAAAUGGAAACCUAGCUGGAAAAAGUCUUGUCUAGAAGCUGUAAGAAUGAUUUAAAUUUUUUUCUUUAAAAAUAAAUUCUUAUUGUUGAAUUGUGCUCUCUUGCCUAUGUGUAAAUUCUUUUAUUUUGAAUGCAGGGUAAAUUUUAGGGGGGAAAAAACCUACUUAAAAUUAGUCUUCAGUCUUUUUAUUGGGGUACUUGGUAUAAUUUCCAAAACAUUCAAUAACGAUAAAUAUUUUUAAAACUUAAGAAAAUUAUUUGCAAUGCAAGUAAAUAUUUAAGGGCUGUACUUAAGGUAUCCAUUUUUAAAAUUUGGUGGUUUGUUGUUACCUGUGUGUUUGAAUAAAUUCUCUUGUGUAUCAUAUUUGUUGCUGACAUUUCCUAUUUAUCAGUUUACUACUUACAGCUGGUUUUAAAUUACAUUUAAGUAGUAGAAAUCUCAGAAAAGGAAAUUACUUAUUUGCAAAUUGCUGUUUGACCUUCCUUAAUUCAGAAGUCUGGUGGGUUUUAAACUACCCAGGGACUGUCUCAUCGUAUUUCUGAGAUGAUCUCUCUUCAUAACAUAAUUGCAUUUGUAAUGUCAAAAAACUAAUAUGGAUUAGAGAUUAGAGUUCAAAUGACAGGACUUCCAUAGCUGUAUUCAUCACUUCUCUGAGAUGGAGGCAUUGGGCUUCCUCAGAACAGCCUGAACCAGCAGCACACAUUGUUCUGAACCUCCAACCUUCGCCUUACUGCCUUGUUCAAAACCAUUUUUAAUUAUGAUUAGGUAGGAAAAAAAUAGCAAAAGCUUUUCUUCUGUUAUAGUAUGUUUGUAAGUCAAAUACAGCAGGUCAUCUGCACAACAGGUGUGUAGGGUUUUUAUUUAUUUGUAUGUUGCUAACUUCUAGUAAUAACUAGAAAUUAGUUCUCUUUCUGGGAACUGAUGAUCAGAGGAAGGCUUGUUUCAUGGUGGUGCCUAGAAGCAAACAAUUCAUUAUGUUCAUCAUCAAAGUAAUGAUGAUUCCUUUCAACUGUUAGAAUCCUAGCUGCUUUUUUGUUACCAAGAGCUUUUUUAUGCU